AUGUUGUACACUGCUCUACGAAAAAUUUCGCAUAAGCCAAAACUGGACAGAUUGCAGUAUAAAAUACAAAAGAUAAGUUGGAAUCAUAGUGGGACGCAUCUGGCUGUGAAGGACGAUAAUGCAUUAAGACAAUUUGAUUACCCAAUCAAAGCGUUAUUAUAUAUAUAUAUAUAUAUAUAUAUAUAUGCAAUACUCCUCGUCGGUGCGAAUUAA